AUGUUCGAUUCGAUAGAAGAUGCGGUGGCGGACAUCCGCGCUGGGAAAUUCGUAGUUGUGCUCGAUGACGAAGACAGGGAAAACGAGGGCGAUCUGAUCAUUUCUGCCUCGCUCUGUACGACGAAACAGAUGGCGUGGUUCAUCCAACACACGUCUGGAUUCAUCUGCAUCUCCCUCACUCCCUCCCGGAUCUCCUCCCUGGAAAUCCCGAUGAUGGUUCCGAACAACACGGAGAAGAACAAGACCGCCUACACCGUCACCGUCGACUACAAACACGGUACUACCACCGGAAUCUCGGCGCAUGAUCGUGCACUUACCUCCCGACAACUUGCAGACGAAUCUCUGUCCGCUUCACCCGCGGAUUUCACGCGCCCGGGUCACAUGAACCCCCUACGAUACACGGAAGGCGGCGUAAGAGUCAGAAUGGGUCAUACAGAAGCGAGCGUAGAUCUUUGCAAGUUGGCAGGGCUGCCACCAGCGGGACUGCUGUGCGAGUUGGUGGAUCCGGACGAUGAGGAGGGUGGGAUUGCGAGUAGAGAUGCGUGCUUGAAGUUUGCGAAAAAGUGGGGGUUGAAAGUCACGACGAUCGAAAUGCUCAAGAGGUACAGGGAGGAGAAGGAGGUGCAGCGCUGCAGACGCGUGAUUUGGAAGGGCAAAAGACACCGUUUCGCCCUGUGCUGCUUGCUGCUGGUCCGGAGCGCGCAGUCAGAGUGUGGCUCUGAGCAACACUGUGAGCAGCAGCCAAUUCUUCUCGAGUGCAACACUUUUUUCCUCCCCUCUGCGCGCACGCACGCACCAAUCCUUCUCGUGUCCAACAACAUUGGCUCUGCACCACCACCGACCGCCGUACCAACACGCUUCUGUCGCCAAACAGCACACCUUUCGCAGCGAGAGCUUUGUGGCGCAGUCGAAUCUACCUCAGCUCGAUCCGGAAUCGGUGCGAAUCUGCAGCUGCGACCCACCCUCGCGCAGUCCAGAUAA